AUGGCGAGCCAGUCGGAUCUCCAGCCUGGAGUCGAGGAGAUAGCCGCAUUCGUGGACGACAGCGUCUUCACUCAGUUGAGCGCGAAACUGGGGGACGCGAAGGAAGGCAACGAGGGAGCACUGGAGAAGAAGCCUCUUCGCAUCGAUGAGUAUUUGAAAAAAUAUCGCGACGCGGGACUCCGGGUCUCUCAGAAAGAAUUUAAUGGAUGCUUGGAGGUGAAGAUUGGGAUCGUAUACGAGCACCCAGACGUGACGGUCGAUCUUGCGGAAACCAUUACGGUCAAGACGAUUGAAGACCUCCUGGCAAAGUUUGUUCCGGAAGACAACCCCCUCAUCACCAAGCUGGUCACGUACGUCGGCAAGGCCCAAGACGACCUCGCAGAAUACCUGCGGGACUGCUGGAAAGAGUACAACCCUGCAAAGUACAAGGCGCCAUGUGUGGCGGUUGUGCAGAGUUCUGGCUUCGGCAAGAGUCGGACGAUGCGUGAGCUCGCGAUCGAGGCUCAAAAGAGCGCCUUGAACAUGAAAGUCCUGUACAUGUGUGCUCGUGUGCACGAGUCGACGGGGUUUCCCAAGGCUACGAGCGAGCUUCGUGGUUGGCUGUUUCAAGAAGGCUCCGAAGUGGAAGACAUCGCCAGUCGAUUGAAGACAAUUUACGUCUACGCAAACAAGCAUUGGGUGGACGUUCAGAAGGAAUGGCUGAAGCUGUUUACCGAAAAGGCAGCGGACACCUCUGUAAAGGCGAAACUUUCGGAUGAAACAGGGGGUUACCUCCACCGAGAAGAAUCCGGAUGGCAGAAUCGUGGUUCUGGUGAUCGAUGA